CUGAAAGGGAAUACUGAGUCUGUGCUUAGUCAACGUUAAUACGCAUGCUACUCCAGACCACGCAACAUAAUUCGAUCUUUGUUUUUGUAUACUUUGUGUUCAGUACGUGUCGUGUCUUGCUGAAAACGGCGAUAUGCUUUCUGCCAAGAUUACCCUACUAUUUGGAUUCGCAGCGUUAUUAAAAUCAUCGAUAGCAACACCGGAUAGCGCAGGGAUGGUAGAAAUGGUGAAUGGAUUGGCGUACGGUGGGAUUCCUUACGGAAGUGUAAGUGGCAUGCUCGCGAAAUAUCCGGGGUACGGACAGAUUAACGCUCAGUUUCAAGCCAGACAAUUGGACAUUUUGAGUAACACCCAGCGGCCGAUAAUUAUCACGCCGAAUCUCCGAGCUACACGGCUGGUGGGAAUUUCACCUCGCCCCGUACAAAUUUACAAUCUUCCCGGAGUUAUCGCUCCUGGAAUUGUCGGCACAAUUAGUCAAAUUGGCUAUUAGUUCACCGGACUGUAUCGGAACGAUCUUGCCAUACCAUGAGACAUAUAGAUAAAUUAGAUGAUCGAGCUUUCGUCUUCUCGCCACGAUAUAGAAUAUAGAAUACGAUACAGAAUUUUAUAUUCUAUAGAAUUGCACGAUAUUUACUCGUUUUAUCGUGGAAAUUUAACUUUUAAAUGUGGAAAAUCGAAUUGAUUUGAAUUCGCUGAUGGAGAAUUUAGUCUAAAUAAUGCAAAAUGCUAAACUUACACUUUAAAUGUUUCGUGAAAAAAGUUCCUCGAAACGAUGAAAAUCGCGCAAAAAGCAUUUAUAACGAACAAAAUUUAUGAAAAUAUAAGUCGAAAUCUUUCUACUUUCGAUUACAAUUUUUUACCUAGCAUCUCUUCUUUGAUACUUUAAGCAGUCAAAUCACUCUCUUUCCAAACUAUUUAAUCUAUAGCUUUGCCGAAAGUUCUUCUUUUAAACCUAUAAAUAAGAAAUUAUUUGUUUACUGCUUAUCUGAGGUAUCUAUAAAGUAGAGAAGCUCAAUUCUUAUAUAAAUUAAACCUAUCAAAAUCUAAAAUCCAUAAAUAUAAGAAAAUUGAAAUUGAAAAUAGAAGUAAAAUUUUGAUUUGGGAAUUUACAAAAAAUUCAAGAACUUUACCCUCAGAAAAGGAAUGGAGGCGGCGCGCGCGCGCGAUACUCAAACGAAUAUGGCUAUAGCUCGAUUGCGGCAAAUAUAGGCAAAACUAGGUCGUCUGGAAUGUGCAACAAGAUGCGAAAGAAUGAACGUAUUCACGUCGAUUAAAAAUUUUUAAUAUAAUAUCUAGAUCUUAUUUAGACGCUAUGGAAAACUGCAAUUAACUCCGAUAAAUCGCAUCAAUUUCUUUUCUACUGUUUAAAGUAUACAGUUUUUAUAUUCGUUAUAAUUGAUUUUUUUGCUGGAUAAAAUCUUUCUAUUCGUCUAACUUUAAUUAAUUUAUUGAUCACCAAUAUAUGUACACUAUUUAUUUUAUUAUAUUAAUUGGAACACCGCGGUAAUCAAAGACCAUAGGAUGAUAAAAAAAAUACAUACUAUGAACAUCGAUGUAACUAGAAAUAGUAAGCUAAAUGAAUUUUCCCAGAGGGAAAAAUUGGCACAAAUGGUCAUGGCAAUUUCCCGUAUAAAACGCAUAAAAAGAGCAAAACUGCGACUCGCUCGCGUUAUACAGAAGUCACCGUUUACAUUGAAUUCCAUCCGGCGCAUUUGUGAAAAUUCGACCACAUAUAUACAGCCUUUUCCUAUUUCCGUUUACCACUUCUCCUAAGUAAAGCGUUGCCAUAUGUUUUAUUAAAAGUGAAGAUAACUUCUGUGAUUAUAUAUUCAUUAACCGUGACAUUAGCCAUGAUCUUUUUUACUCAAAUUAAGAAAGGAACUGUUUAAAGUAAUUAUGAUCCAUAAUGACGCGCUUAUAGCGUAUCUUAGAAUAAGAUAAUAUAAAUGAAAAAAAUAGAAUCAUAAAACAUAAUUACAUAAUAUAACAAUGCAAAAAAUGAGAGUACUGAUUUGUUAUGAUAAUUCGAAUAUUGCGUAAUGCGUCGAUGACAAAAAUACGAUAUAUGUUAUUUACUAUUGGCGAAGAGACAAAUAAAAUUGUUCAAGGCUAUGCAAUAAUUUGUAAAAAUGUAAAAAAAUACAUGUAGAAUAUUAGUUUUGAUAGAUA